AUGGAUUCCCGUCAUGAGGACCAGAUUAACAACCUCAAGGCCAAACACAAAGAGAUCUUGGUUGCUUCCCUCACCGAAUUAGAUUUACGUCGGACCCGCAAAUUCAAGAGUAACCUCAGUGCCCUGCAAGAGAAACAUCUGGCGGAGAUCAAUGAGAUCAAGCUCAAUCAUCAGAAACAGAUCGAGGCUAUCACCGCCAAUCCUGAGACCUCGGGCGGCCCAAAGAGCGGCACUCCGGAUGGGGAUUCGACGAUCACAUAUCGCUCAGAACUGGCAAAGAUCAAAAGCAGCUAUGAGGAGAAGAUCGAGAUGCUCAAGCUACAGCAUCAGACUGACCUUAAUGCCCUAGAGGAGAAGUUCUUGAUGUCGAGCUUAUCUGCUGACUUGCGCGAAGAGCGACAAGCCAACCAACGUAAAAUCGACCUUCUAACUGACGAGCUAGGUGAGUGA